AAAACCAAUUGGCAAGCAGUCUUCUCCUUGAGCAGGAGAUUCCCCUCUGAUCUGACCCAGUGAAUGAUCGUCCCUGUAAAUGAGUCAUCGGCUAAAUUUAAGCCUCAAGUGAACAUGCAGUGCUCAACUUUGAUUGCCUCAAAAAAAUUGUUUAACGAAGUGAUUAAUCUCUUAAAAUUAACAUAAAUUAAACUUAAGUUAACUUAAAUUAACUUUUUGUUCCUGCACUUCGUAUUUGAGAAAAACAACCCAUUUUUAAGUUUCUUUAGAAUAGAAAUGAAAGUCAAUUGGAUUUCAUGAUUGUGUCUUUUUUAACCUGCGUGAUUUUGAUUUCGGAUGCAAAAAUGAGCGAUAGUGAUUCUACUUCCCAAGCUGUGGUUAUCUACGAUGAAAAGCAAUUCUCUCAUCCAUUUGCGGAGUUUAAAAAGUCAUUCAAAACUUUCUCAUUUUCAUCUGGACCGUCUGGACACUUCUUUGAAGUAAAAAUAAAGCAAGACUGGGACGCGGUGGGCGUCGCUGGAGUUGUCUGGGAAUCAGCCGAGAUUCUUUCGAUCUACUUCUCAAAGUAUCCGGGGUUAGUGCGAAACAAGCGUGUUUUGGAGCUAGGAGCGGGAACUGGGCUUUGUUCAAUCGUCUGCAAACACCUGGGAGCUGAACAAGUUAUCGCUACGGAUAGAAAAAGUGUGAUUCACGCUUUGAAAGAAAACGUCGAGUUGAAUUUUUCAGAUGUGAAUUCUUCUGACUCAGUGGUUGUCAAUAUUCUCGAUUGGACUGAAAUAGACACGAAGUGGGAAAUGACAUUCAGUCCGGACAUAAUUUUAGGAGCAGAUCUAGUUUAUAUUGACGAGCUUUUUGACGAUUUACUGAAAACUUUGCUGAAAGUGACUUCCAAACAAACUGUGGUUUAUUUCUGCAGUAAGAUUAGAUAUGAUAGAGAUUUGAAAUUUUAUGAACUGUUGAGAAUAAAUGGUUUCGAGUUUGAGGUACUCUUAUCAGUUCCCGAUAAAUCUAUUAAUAUUUAUAAAAUUCAUUUGAAAAGUUAAUGAGAUUUUUACAAGAUAUCACAAACGUUUCCAGGUC